AUGGCUAAGGCUGAAGAGGAGGGGGAGGAAAUAAAAGAGGAGGAGGGUGAAACUAAAGAAGAAGAUGAGGAAGUAAAAGAGGAAGAAGCAGAGGAAAGUAAGGAGGAAGAGGAAAUAAAUGAGGAGGAAGAGAAGGAAGUGGAAGAGGGAGUGAAGGAGGAGGAAGGGGAGGAGGAAGAUGAAGAAGGAAAGAAAGAAGAAGGGAAAGAGGAAGAGGAAGGGAAGGAAGGAGAGGAAGAAGCAAAAGAGGAGGAGGAGGAAGCCAAGGAGGAGAAGGAAGAAACCAAAGAGGAGGAAGAAGAAACCAAAGAGGAGGAGGAAGAAGCCAAAGAGGAGGAAGAAGGAACCAAAGAGGAGGAGGGAGAAGAAGCAAAAGAGGAAGAUGAAGAAGCCAAACAGGAGGAGGAAGAGGCCAAAGAGGAGGAGGAGGAAGCAAAAGAAGAGGAGGAAGCCAAAGAGGAGGAGGAGGAAGAAGGGAAGGAGGAAGAGGAGGAAGCAAAAGAGGAGGAAGAAGAAGCAAAAGAGGAGGAGGAGGAAGGAAAGGAGGAAGAGGAAGAAGCAGAAGAGGAGGAGGAAAGGAAGGAAGAAGAGGAAGAAACAAAAGAGGCGGAGGAAGCAAAAGAGGAAGAAGAAGAAGCAAAAGUGGAGGAGGAGGAAGGGAAGGAAGAAGAUGAAGAAGUCAAAGAGGAGGAGGAGGAAGCAAAAGAAGAAGAGGAGGAAGCC